AUGGAAAUCGUCGUAUAUCAGUCGUCCUCGACGGCUGAUAUCAACAGCACUGCUUCCGCAUCUUCUUCGUCUCCUUCGUCCUCUGCCUCCUCUCCUGAUUCCUCUUCUGCCCCUUCUCCUAGUUCUUCUGUUUCUUCUGCUUCUGCUUCUUCUUCUGCUUCUUCUUCUUCUUCUUCGACAGCUUUAGCCAAAAAGCGAGCGCCAGCUCGAAUCGCCAAGGGGUCCAUCUACGGCAUUGCUCGCCAGUUUUGCGGAGAAGAACUCAUCGUCAGCCCCGUUCGAUGGACUAGCCGUCAACUCGAGCUCCUGAAAUGUUCGUUUGAAAGAGUUCUUCCUGAACCGUUGACACCAGCUGCAUAUGCAGUGACAGAAGCAGACUACUCUGAGGAGCGCAGUGGUACACGCCAUCUGAACCAGUUCUUCCACUACUACUACAAGUGCCCGAUGCGAGAACAGGGCAUCCGGCUGCUGGUGACUACCGACGGAUGCCCCUUGACUGCUUACGAUGCUAUCGGCCUCUAUUUCAAUGGCUUCAUUCUCAAGAGGCUGGAUUGUAAUAGUCUGUGCCUUCGAAGCUCCCUUCAUCCCGCAAUUCGGUAUAAACGGCCCAUUGCGGCCCUUAUUGACCGUGAGCACAUUGAGAUAAGGCGGAGGGAUUCGAUAGGCUACCGAUCCUCAAGUCGCAACCUCCCCAUCGUCCGCCUCUUCAACCACAAGUGGAAGAAAUUCUGCCCGCCUGAGCCAUUGAAUGAUCCAUAUAUUGUCGCACUCCUCAUUGGCGUGGCACAGCAGAAACGGAGACAUUACCAAGAAAUCAACUGCAAUAAAGAGACUUCAACGGGCAUGAUCUUUUCUCAAGUCUUGUGUACAUUAUACUCAAAGGGCGAAUGUGAGGUCAUGGAAGAGCAAGCCUACUUGGGCUGGCUGUAUCUCUACCAGGCUUAUAUCCCAUUGUCGCUUCUGGACAUGUUCGACAAUCCCAGGUUCGCGCCAUCAACAAUGCCGUCCGUCUCGGUUCAAAUCGUCACAAUACACUACAGCCCGCUGGCCACCUUGCGUGCUCGGAUUCUGGAGCUUGUGAUGCCGGAAAAGUUGGUCUCAGUAACCUAUGGUCUUUCAGCAGGAGGACAAAAGAGAAAAUACGACGGCGAAGGCGAUACUCAGCCGUCUUCGCGAGGAGCCCCUGCAGGAGCCCCCGCAGGAGCCCCCGCAGGAUGA